AUGAACCUAUCAUCUUCUUUCAAAGUCCAGUCCAGAGAUGACUAUGGAAAAUCUCAUAACCUUAAAGAAAGCACCUUAUCUCCAGGUCACUAUAACCUAAAUUUCAGCCAAAUAGAAAAAAAUAUUCCUCGUCAUAAGAUUGGAAAAUCUUUAAGCCAUGUUUUUCAGUUUCCACGAGAUUUAAAUAAGUCUGAUUUACUUUUACGAAGCGAGUCUCAUGAAAAAAGAAAAAGAAUUCCUGGAAUAUCAUUUGAGAAACAAAGCAAUAGAGUUCUUCAUAUAAAAGAUACGACGGUUCCGAAUGAAAAUAGGUUUACUGUGCUGAAUCUGCUCCCAAGAGUGUCAAGUAAAUACAAGUACUGUUUAUUUAGGAAUAAUUCAGUGCCUGAUUUAUCAAAAUAUUUACCAAGGAGCUCAGAUUUAUUUAAAGUGCCUGAAUAUAGCCCAUGCUAUUCUCCUAAUAAAGAAUUCGUGCUGCCAAAGCUAGUGCCUACUUUUAAGUUUAAGCCGAUUACUCGAAAAAGAAAAUUAAGAUCAUCUAAUGUAAGCCCUAUAUCAUUUUCGCAUGGCGCUGAAAAUUUGGAUGAAGUACUGUAAGCUAUAUUUAGAAAAACCUAUAGUGAUUCUCCUACUUGUAAAACGAGAGCUCAGCAUACUUAUUCAUUGAAUAGUUCUUGAUUACCUUGCAAUAAGGGUUUUCUUGAAAACAAAUCUUUUAAAUCAACUAAUGAUUCAGUAGAGUUAAGCGGUAACUUUUAUUUAUAA